AUGUCAUCCACACGGUUUAUAGCUUCUUCUCUUGCCAAUGUCACAUCACGUAGAUCAGUGUCUCUACUGGUGCGAAGGUCGCAAUUCUCUUUCGCACCACAACGUGGUCUUAUCAGUGUGAUCGAUAAGCAACAAUGCCGGCAGAUCACCGACUAUUCGGCCAAAGACAGUCGCAUCAAUUCGAGAAAACUACGGAAUCACGACGGAUCAAAUAUGGAUGGUGCAUCGAUUACAGCGGCGGCCCUUAAAUCUCAGGGUGUCGAGUACAUGUUCGGAGUCGUCGGAUUCCCGGUUAUUGAAGUAGGAAUGGCAGCACAAGCACAUGGAAUCAAAUACAUCGGAUGUAGAAAUGAGCAAGCGGCCGCCUAUGCUGCUCAAGCUAUGGGAUAUCUCACCGGAAAGCCAGUUGCUCUUCUUGUAGUCUCUGGACCCGGAAUCCUUCACGCUAUUGGAGGACUUGCCAACGCCACAGUCAACUGCUGGCCUGUAGUCUGUAUUGGAGGAACCGCCGAUGUCGAUCUCGAGAAUCGUGGAGCAUUCCAGGAAUGGAGCCAACAAGAGUCUGUCAGAAACUCAUGCAAACAUGUUAGCCGUCCGACAAGUCUUCACACAAUUCCUGCUCAUAUUGAGAAGGCAGUGAGAUGUGCGAUGUACGGAAGACCUGGAGCUGUUUAUGUUGAUCUUCCCGGAAAUCUUGUGUUAACAAGCACUGAAGAAGAAAUCAGCUUCCCACCACAAGUCCCACUUCCAGCUCCAGUUUCCAUUCCACCAAUUGCUGAAAUUGAAAAAGCUAUUGACACCUUGAAGAGCGCAAAGAAACCUCUGGUUAUUGUUGGAAAGGGAGCCGCGUGGUCCGAGCGUGGAGCUACACAAGUUCAGCAGUUCCUCACCAAAUCCAAGCUUCCAUGGCUCGCAACUCCAGGUGGAAAAGGAGUUGCUUCAGAUCUUCACCCAAGAUUCAUCGGACAAGCAAGAUCCUUGGCAUUGAGAGAGGCUGAUACCGUAUUCCUGAUCGGAGCCCGAUUCAACUGGAUUCUUCAUUUCGGACUUCCACCAAGAUUCCAAAAAGAUGUGAAGGUUGUUCAGAUCGACAUUUGUCCAGAAGAGUUCCAUCAGAACGUGAAGACUGAGGUUCCACUUUUGGGAGAUAUUGGAGAGACGCUGGCCGAGUUGACACCAAGACUUGGGGACUGGACCUACGACGAGUCAACCGAGUGGUUCAAGAAGCUCAGGGAGAACGCUGAGAAGAAUAGAGCCGCAGUUGAGAAGUUUGUCGAUGAUCACUCAACUCCACUGAAUUACUACGCAGCAUAUCAACCAAUUCGUGAAUUCCUCGCCAACAAUGACGUCAUUGUGAUCAACGAAGGAGCCAACACAAUGGAUAUCGGCCGAACCAUGAUGCCUUCCCGUCUCCCGAAGCGUCGCCUCGACGCCGGAACCUUUGGAACAAUGGGAGUCGGUCAUGGAUUCUCCCUCGCCGCCGCACUCUGGGCAAGAGAUCACAGUCCGAAGACUAAGGUUCUCGUGGUUCAAGGAGACAGUGCUUUCGGAUUCUCUGCCAUGGAACUCGAGACAAUUGCUCGAUACAAUCUUCCAGUCGUCACUGUUAUCAUUAACAACUCUGGAAUCUAUCGUGGACUCCUGCCAGAAGAUGAUAAGGCAAUCGAAGGAGACCGUACUCUUGCUCUUCCAGUUCUCUCGCUAACUGCUGAAUGUCGUUAUGAAGAAAUGUGCAAAGCUUUCGGAGGAGCUGGAACUGUUGUUAGAACUGUUCCAGAAAUCAAGGCAGCUCUCGAGAAGGCAUUCCAAAAAACCGACGGACCAACUGUUAUCAAUGCUCUCAUCUCAACAGAUUCGGAGAGAAAACCACAAGCUGAUCAUUGGUUGACUCGCUCGAAAAUGUAAAUAAGUCUCAAAUUGUAUAUUUCACUGCAUUUACCAUUAAUUAUUUCCUUGAUUUGUAUUUUUUAAACUGUGAUCACAUUUGAAUAAACCCUAGUCCCUGA